ACCUCGCUGACGCUUAGCGUUUUAGGAGAGGCACUUCCUGCUGGGACUGCAAACGGGAUUUUUUAAAAAACGUUUUUAACUUGUAAAUGUAGCUUCAGUAGGACGCAUCCGUUCUCCCGCGUAGCGAAGCCGCUUUUAAGACAACAGGGCAUGCUUUUCUUCGACUCUUUUUUGUUGUUGUUGUUGUUGUUGUUGUGAAGAACUGAAGCCAAGAAACAACUGGGACUCUUCACUGGCAGACAGACAAGACUGUUCUGAACUCCAAUGCAAGAGCGAACGCUGCCAGCUGGUUGUUAUCGAUGCAUGUAACCAGGCCGAAGUCCUCCAAAGGGCGAAGCAGAGCGGCUGUAAACGCCUCUCUGUAUUCGGGGGACCCUGGCGGCAGCAGCACCCAGAGGCCACCCGUGUCUCCAGAUUCUCCCGUGUGCAGCAGGCCAGACAAGAGCCUCCGCUCCCAGUCCCAGCCCAUAAUGUGGCAGGCCGGCCAGCUGAGCCAGAAUGAGGUUCUGCAGAUGCUGCAGCACGCCCCCGCUGCUCCACCGCAGUCCUUAAACAAGUACAAGGUUCUGCCAUGCAUAGGGGGGAGGCAGUCAGAGGUGAGCCCCGGGACAAGUCUGGACAAAAAGAUUUCCAAGCUCAGUCUGUCUGAUGAUGCUAUCCAUCGGCCAAGGCGCAGCCACGGAGAGUCAGAUCCCCCCACAGUGAAGGGUGUGACCCAGAGCAGCAGCAGCAGCAGCUUUGAGGUGGAUAAGAGGGCUGGGGUCUGGCCUAAGCCCCCUGAUCCAGGAUCAGUCCUUACCAAAGAAGCUGGCAGUUUGCUCCUAGCUAUCCGAGCACCAUGUGGCAGAAGGUUCCAGCAGCACUUUGAGCCCACAGACACUCUGCUGACGGUGAGAGCCAGCGCAGAGCUCAUGUAUGGAGCAAAGUAUGGAGAGGCCUCCAUUGAGACCAUGGAUUUACCACGCAGGACCUUCACAGACAUGGAUGUGACCCUGGCCCAGUGUGGCAUCCGGAACAGAUCGGUGCUGUGCAUCUCUCAGAAUGGCAGUAUGGGGGAGCGUGAGUGAGCUUCGCUGAUUUUUUUGCAGUUGAAGUCUGGCAUCCUGGUGUUUAAAAAAAAAAAGAAAAAAAGAAAUCCCUCUUCCACUCAAAAAUGUGUUUCCCUUUUUGUUUCUUCUCUUGGAUGUUUGAGCUCCACUGUGCAGAAUGAUGUGUGUGUGCAGUUUGAUAACAUCAAAGGCUGUUUUCACAUUUGUGCUGCUACAGCAUGAUUUUUUUGGAGCCAACUGUGGAUCAGUAUGUUGGAGUUGGACACAUGAUAAAAGCCAAUCUUUCAGACUUUUGGGGCUCCAUAAGGUGCAUUAAAUGUGAAUGUUUUACUGUUUUUUUUUUGUGGGGAAAAAACACAUACUAAAAUUAUUAUUCAAAGCAGACUAUUUUUUAUGACAUAAAAACAUGUCUGGAUGGGAAUUUUUAAGUUCACACAAGCUUAUUUAUUGUAAACUUUAUUGACUAUAGCAAAUUAAGGUCAGUUAGGACCAUCUAUUCAUCAAACUGAUAACUUGUUUUGCUGCACUAUUGCACAGAAUGCUCACUAAAAGGUAUCCUGUGUGGCUGUAUAUAACCACGAGUUCUGUUUCAGUUAAGCUGGACUUUAUUCAAAACAGCAGGUCAUUUUUAUCUGCUGCCAGUUAUUGACUUCGAGAAGAACAUUUGAUUCAUUUGUGUUUAUAUGGCAUUUCAUACUAAAGCAAAACCAGAAAUGCCGCCGACAAACGCAGGAACGAAAAGGUUUUCUUUGUUUAUUUGUUGCCAUUUUCCACCUCUUUUCAUUUUGGUUGAUGUUCUUAUAUGCCAAAUAAAGUCUUUCAUUAGGAUGCAGAGGCACAGAAGCACAUUACUAAGUUGCUACUAUACGGUUUAAUUAAUAGUACUUUACUUGUAUACAACUUUUGCCCAGCUUUCAAAGCGUGUAAACACAAAUACAUAAAAGUUAUACCUAAAUCCUGUGACUGGUUUUAAAUUUGACAGACUUGUACAUAUAUUUUGUCACUAGCGCAGAGACAAAAAUAAAUGGUGUGCAAUGCACGCUAAACAGACGGAACAAUAGGCCUUUUCCACAGAACACAUUUGAUGCGUCGCAGUAGGAACAGGCGAGCAUGAUAUAAUAAUGAACAAAGUCCAUGUCAUUAGCAGCACGUUAUUGCUCGUCUUUCAGAGUCAAAAUGACUGCUGUGGAAAAGGCCACCUGCAAACAAUCCUCACUUUGUUCUGAGCAAAGAACUGUUUAUGAAGACUGAAAGUACCACGAUAUGACUAAAAACUCAGACACUAAAGUGCAGAGAACUUGGAGGUAACAGGCUUCUU